AUGGAUGCUCAAAUCGAUCCAAACCACGUAAUCGAGGCUCUACAGUACCGAUUGGAUGAUAUCAGAGAGAAUUUCUCAAAGUUGUUCAGUUUCGAUAUUGAUGACCCAUUGGCUGAAUUGCCCGAUGAAGAUCUUCCAGUUUUCUUUAGCGGACUACGAGAAGCAAGAGAACUUCAAAAUGGAAUUCGGCAAUUGAUGAUAAUUAUUGCUUCUGACGCAAAAGUUGUCGAUUUGACACGUCAUCGUCUGAAGGAAAUCGGAGAUUACUCGUGGCUUACACACGUUGAACAAUUCUAUCUUCGUUGGAAUUUGAUUAAGAAAAUCGAGAAUCUGGACUGUUUGACCACGUUGACUCAUCUUGAGUUUUACGAUAAUCAAAUUGCAAAAGUUGAGAAUCUGGAUGCUCUUGUUAACUUGGAGGUUCUCGAUUUAUCAUUCAACCGAAUCAUGAAAAUCGAAAAUCUCGAGAAGUUGACGAAACUGAAAACUCUGUAUUUCGUUCACAACAAGAUCACGAAAAUUGAGGGAUUGGAUAUGUUGACUGAGUUGGAAUAUCUGGAAUUGGGUGAUAAUCGGAUCACGAAAAUUGAGAAUCUGGACAACAACCUGAAACUUGAUAGACUCUUCCUCGGUGCCAAUCAGAUUCGUAACAUUGAGAAUUUGGAACAUUUGAAGAAUCUCACAGUUCUCAGUCUUCCUGCUAAUGCUAUCACUGUCGUUGAUAACGUGGCUGGAUUGACAAAGUUGAAGGAGAUCUAUCUUGCUCAAAAUGGAAUCAAGUAUUUCUUUGGACUUGAUGAGAACCUUCCACUUGAAAUUCUUGAUUUGAAUCAGAAUCGUCUCGAGAAAGUUGAGAAUAUUCAUCAAUUGUCUACUCUUACUGACUUCUGGGCGAGAGGAAAUAAGCUUUCCGACUGGAACAUUCUUGAUGAACUCAUUCGUCUUCCACAACUCAGUUGCGUCUAUUUGGAUAACAAUCCGAUCGCUGAUUCUGAUACUUAUCGCGGAAAAGUUGUCCGUUUCCUUCCACAGAUUCAUCGUCUCGACGGAACUCAGUGUCGUGAGAAAUCAAUUCUUCGUCCUCCGAAAAUUGAGAAGACAGCAGUUGAGACGGCUGCUGUUGAGUUCGAACACCCUACUGAAGAGUCGCAAGUUGUUUGA